AUAAUAUAGUCAUAUGAGAGAGAAUCCUGCUUUUGGUUUAUGAUCCUCUUUUUUAAUUGAAUAGCACUAUAAAGACCUUCUUAACUUUGUCUCAUUAUCUUAUUCAAAAUUCACUCAGCCUCUAGAAAGUCCCUGCAUGCUGAGUUAUGAGAACAUUAGUCAGAAAGUUUACUGAGAAUUUUCUGCUAAACUUGGCCACUGGGCAGGAAGUUCAGAGUAAGCCAGUUGUUAUUGUUCCCAGUAGUAAUGCACUGGUGUCUCAGGAUCCUUUGCUAACUCCAAGGAAAACUCCCAAGCUUAUCAGCAUAGAAUUGAAGAGGUAUGUGCCAAGUGGCAGUUUCAAGCCAGCACACACAUUCAUGCACCAUCAGGAAGUAUGCCCCAGCACUAAGGAUUCCAUGAUGGGGCCAGCUCUGGAAAUUGAGGAAGGGAUUUACCCUGGGAUCCACAAAAAGAACCCUUAUGGCAAGGUGCCAAAGCUGCAGAAAAUCACCCAAGAACCUUUACCAAUUUCAGUCACUGAGGAUAUAGAAACAGGGACCAUUACAGAGCCUCAAAAUGGUGGAACAAUCAGCAGACUGCCUGGGGGUGGCAGAGGUGGCUUCUUUUUCUUUCCUGGUAGAUCCAGAAGAGGGCGCGAUAUUGAUGGGCCAUUUAAUGGAUUGGCCCAGUGCAUGUACUGCAUCCUAGUGCUGGCCCUCAUCACUAUCCUGAUGUCUGGAGAAGAAGAAAGUCCUGGGCUUUUUGUGCCAAAAAUUGAAGGUGGAGAGGAUGUGAAUAUUAGACAGCCAUAUUUCUUCCUGGCAAGGAUUGAAUCAGAGUUUGCAGGCUUCAGCAAGGCCCAAAAAAGUGGGGCAGCAUUGAAACUUUGCACAGGUGCCAUCAUCACCCAAGACUGGGUUCUCACAGCUGCUCAUUGUUUCUUCAACACUUAUGGGAAAAGAGCAACAAAGGUCUCUGUGACUGUGGGAGACAUAAGUCAUGUUGAUUUUGAAGGAAGAGAGAUUCUGAGGCAAGGCAGUCCAGUCAUCUAUCCAUACUAUGUUCAUGGUGGCAGAAGGAAUGACAUAGCCAUGGUGAAACUUGAUGGCCCACUUCCUUACAACCCUUUCAUUGGGCAAAUCAAAAUGACCAACAACAUCAGUUUGCCCAUGGGAGACACUGAUGCACUGACUUUGGCCUGGGGCAUGAAUUAUUCUCCAGAGCCACUCAAGCCUAUUUUUGACAGGGAUGUUAAAAGAAAAAAACCAAAGUUGAAGAGAGCAUUUGUGAAAAUAACCAGUCAAAAGUCCUGCAGCAAGAGUCUGAGGGACAGUGGCGCCCCCUGGAACUUCAGAGUCACCCCUGAUACUCUCUGCUACACUGGGGCCACCAAUGCCAUUUGCUUUGGAAAUGAUGGAGGUCCAGUCAUCCAGUCAAUCAACAACCAAUUGGUCCUGGUGGGAAUCAACUCUUUCUCAAGGAACAAAGACUUUGGUGGAAUAUAUGCAAGCAUGCAGUGUGAUAAAGAAGUGCCCACCAUUGCAACUAGAGUGUCAUCCUAUUACAAGAGAUUCAUUCUUCCCACUGUAUCUGGCAUUGAUAUUUUGUCUCCUGAUUACUAUGACCCUGAAGACUGAAAAUAUACUGUACAUUAUUGUUUAUGACUGAAAA